AUGGCAGAGAAAGAGCAAGUCAGACCCUUAGCCCCCGCGUUCCACCGGAUCAACGUCGUCGUCGUCGAUGAAGACGACGCCAUAUCCAUGGAACUGAAGAGCCACCACCGCCACCGGAAAUAUAUCAAAUGCUGUGGCUGCAUCACCGCGCUUAUGCUAAUUCAGGCAGUGAUCAUAUUGGUUCUUGUUUUCACCGUUUUUCGGGUCAAAAACCCGGUGAUGAAGAUAAAUUCAAUGAAGAUGGAAGGAUUGGAUGUUGUAAACAUGACUAAUCUUCCCUCAGGUACCAACUUGACGGUUUUGGCCGAUGUUUCUGUGAAGAAUCCUAAUGUUGCUUCCUUCAAAUUCAAUAAUGUCACAACAAGUCUUUACUAUGAUGGUAAGGUUGUCGGUGAGGCUCGGACUCCGCCAGGGCAUGCCAGUGCUGGACGGACAAUUCGAAUGAAUGUUACAGUAGACGUUAUGCUUGGGAGGAUACUGGCGGUGCCGCGGCUCAGCGGUGAUCUGGUUUCAGGGCUAUUGCCAGUGAGCAGCUAUACAAGUAUCGGUGGCCGUGUGAAGAUACUAAAGAUCAUUAAGAGAAAUGUUGUUGUGGAAAUGAAUUGCACCAUGACAGUUAAUAUCAGAAGCCAGGAGGUUCAGGAUCAGAGUUGCAAGCAGAAGAUUUCGCACUGA